GUUUUUUUUUAUGUUUUUAUGUUUUAUGAAAAGGUAUUGGUUCAGAUUUUCAUAAUUUUCUGUGUUUAUAUUUGCCCAUGAACACACAGAAACAUUUUGAAUGAUCAGCUUAAUAUAAUACAAGUACUCUGUCUCGCUCACCAGACAUCAAAUUUUACUUUACAUCGCCUUCAACCAACAUUAAUUUGACACAGCUGUCUAAAAUGUACCAAAAUGGAAAAAUCUGCUUUCGGUUGAUUUCCUCACAUUUGUCACAUACUGUACAUGUUUGUGGAAGGGAAGAUUCACUGUCUGGAAGUAAGAAUAAAAACUCUUAUUCAAAUCAAUUUCAAGGUAAACAGGGAGCAGAACAGCCAAAAAAAAAAAAAAAAACCCAAAAAAACUGAGCCAAGUACUGGUAGGUUCUAAUGGAUUGCCCCUCGUACCAUGCUAAGUGAUCCUCCAUCAUAUUGAACAGCCAUCUGUGGGAUGGCAACAACAAAUCUGUGAUUCUCAAUUUUGGGGUUUUCACUCCAACUUGGAAAACACUGUUUCCAACAGGUCGAUUCACAAAUUCAUGCGAUGAUUCAUUUGACUGCCAUCUAGUGUUGGAGCACUGCAAAUGCAGGAAUGUUCCGGGAAACUCAGGAAGCUUCGAGAUACAUCAGGACUCUUGUGAAACAGCACCAUCCAGUGGAGACGUCUGGUAACAACCAGAAAGUUCCUGAAGCUUCUGGCUCUGCUCCAGUCAGAGUUUAAAAGCUGAGACAGUCUCACUGCGGAGCCAGAAAGCAACUCAGGAGAGAAGAGACACUGGAAGAGAAUUCCAUCUGACAACAAGAAGACUCAGUCCUGAACUCAGAGAAGAUGCUGUGCUCUCAUGGACUCCAGCCCGUCCUCAGUCCAUUCGUGGACGUCUACCUGCCUGUACGCAGUCUGCAGCCAGAGGUCAGACCUCUGCUCCACCAGCAGCAUCUCCUGCAGAGGAACCUCCAGGAGCUGCUCGGCAGUCUGCAGCUGAUGGACAGACUUCAACACAACUUCCUGGAGCAGACGGAGCCUUUCCAAACCAGCGUGGCCCUACAACCAGCCUCCUACCAGCUGGACAAAGAGGGGGAUCACUUCGGCCUGACCCUGGACGCUCGAGGCUUCUCCCCAGAGGAGCUGUCUGUCAGGCAAGUGGGCAGGAAGCUGAGAGUCAGCGGGAAGACGGAGAAGAAGCAGGAGGACGGGAAAGGCUGGUCCUCUUACAGGCUGCAGGAGUUCAGACAGGAGUUUGAUCUGCCUGAAGGGACCAACCCUGAAGCCGUCACCUGCUGCCUGUCUCCAGACGGAAAGCUCCACAUCCAGGCAGCCAAGACUCCUGCUGAGGAGGUGGAGAGAGAGCUGACGAUCAGGAGGAGCUCCGAGGAGGAAACACAGCACAGUGUGUGUUCACAGGCUGAAGACAGCAGCACACACACACACAACGACACGCAGGACAAACCUGAACACAUGGACUGAAGCGCAUGUUUAUGUCACAAUAACAACUG